GCAAAGUAUUUAUUUCCCUCACAACAUUGGCAGGAAUGGAUCUUUAGGAGCCGAGAGUUGUCAUUCUCACUACACCUGUGCUGCCGCCUCCUGGACGGACGCGACUCCUUUGCAGCGAUUGUACUAUAAGUGAACGGACAGCCUAUGAGCCCCACUCAAAGCUAGAGAACCACACGCAAGGAGCGGGAUGGCGAGGAUACCAGCGCUGCACAUCCGCGUCCUUCUCGUGGGUUUCUCCCUGACUGGGUACCUGACACUCCGGACGAGCAAAGGUGCGACGUCGCCUGACGAGGAGCGGGACAGCGAGAGCGACGCGGAGGCGCCGUGCGAGGUGAAAACCGUCACCGUGUCUACGCUGCCCGUGCUCCGGGAGAACGAGUUCAGCUUCACCGGUGGAGCCUCCGGGAGCGUGGUUGGAGGAGGGAGCGCUGCUGCUGCUGCUGCUGCUGGAGCAGGUGGUGCUGGUGGAGGAGGAACCGGAGGAGGUGGAGCGGGGGGAGGAGGAGGAGGAGGAGGAGGUGGAGGGAGCGAAUCCCGGCUCCUGUUAUUCGUUCGAACAGACCUACCUGGCCGAAUUUCUGUAAUGGAUGAUCUGGACAACACAGCUCUUCCCUACUUCACACUCGAGAUGUCAGGUACGGGAGAGGAGAUUUCACAGGUGCACUGGAAGCAGCAGUGGUUGGAAAACGGGACGUUGUACUUCCACGUCUCCAUGACUGAGCCUGAGCUCUUGGCACAGACGACACAGCCCACAGCUCGGGAGCCAGCUCACGCACUGCACGAGCACAUGCAUCUGCUUCACAUCUCAGUUAUGGUAGGUUCUCGACUGACACAUGAUGGCCGUAAAACAUGGUCUGUAUUCUACGAGUUUGAAACUUUUUUCUUUCAACAAUAUUCAUGCUUUCUCCUUGACUCCUUUCUCUAA